AUGGACUAUAGUGAAGUAAUAAAUAUUCAAAAUUAUAAUGACAUUAUUACCAUUUAAAAUGGCUCUUUAAAUUGAUUAAUAUUAUUAUAUAUGUGUGUUUGUAUGAAUGUUAUACAAAGUAUGGAAACUGCGAAGGUCCGGAUGCUAUGUAUGUCAAACUGAUAUCUAAAGAUGGUCAUGAAUUUGUUGUGAAACGAAAUCAAGCUUUGAUGUCUGGUACAAUCGAAGCUAUGUUGAGUGGUCCCGGACAAUUUGCUGAAAACCAAACAAACGAAAUUAGUUUCAAAGAAAUACCGUAAGAGAUCUUAACAUAAAUAUUGUCAAUACCAAGAUGCCUAAGUAAUAUUAUUUUUGAAAAUUAUUAAUAACAAUUUUUUUUUUCAUUUAGUUCUCUUAUAAUGAAAAAAGUCUGUAUGUAUCUUAUAUACAAGGCUCGGUAUAAUGGAACAAUCACAAAUUCAGACCCCCAAUUAAAUGGAGAAUUUGCAGGGUUUUGUAUAGAACCACAACUUGCUCUAGAACUUUUUCUAGUAGCCAAGUUUUUGGAUUGUUAA